AUUGAAUUUUUUUUGAGGAAAAAAAUAAAGUUUAAUCAAAGAUCGUGAUGGCAUCGAGAAUUUUAAAGCUUACGAGUACUCUUCGAGCAUUGCCAAAAGCAGGAACAAUCCAGCGAUUAAAGUCAACUAACGCCACAGAUUAUGCACGAGCACUCGUAAAUGUCCCACCAACAACAGUUUCAACAUUAGAUAAUGGAUUAAGAGUUGCAACUGAAGACAGCGGUUCUGCAACAGCCACUGUUGGUCUGUGGAUCGAUGCCGGAUCUCGUUAUGAAAAUGCCAACAAUAAUGGUGUUGCACACUUUUUGGAACAUAUGGCAUUCAAAGGAACCGCUAAGCGCUCACAAACCGACUUAGAAUUAGAAGUUGAGAACAUGGGAGCACAUCUUAAUGCCUAUACAAGUCGCGAGCAGACAGUCUUCUAUGCUAAAUGCCUUUCAAAAGAUAUCCCAAAAGCUGUAGAAAUUCUCGGUGACAUCAUCCAAAACUCAAAACUUGGAGAGUCAGAAAUCGAACGUGAACGAAGUGUAAUUUUGCGUGAGAUGCAAGAAGUUGAGAGCAAUCUUCAAGAAGUUGUUUUCGACCAUCUUCAUGCCACCGCUUAUCAAGGAACACCUUUGGGAAAUACAAUUCUUGGACCAACAAAGAAUAUCAAAUCAAUUACACGUCAAGACUUGAAGGAUUACAUUGAUGCUCAUUAUCAUACACCAAGAAUUGUCUUGGCAGCAUCAGGUGGUGUCCAACAUGAUGAUUUAGUCAAAUUAGCAUCAAAGGAAUUGGGAAAAUUGAAGAAUACUUUCGACGGAAAGGCACCAACACUUGAACCAUGCCGUUUUACAGGCUCAGAAGUUCGUGUUCGUGACGAUUCAAUUCCAUUAGCUCAUGUUGCAAUUGCCGUCGAAGGAUGUGGCUGGACUGAUCAAGAUAAUGUUCCAUUAAUGGUUGCUAAUACUCUUAUCGGCUCAUGGGAUCGCUCACAAGGUGGUGGAGUCAACAAUGCAUCACAAUUGGCUAAAGCUUCAGCUGAAGACAGCUUGUGCCACAGCUUCCAGUCAUUCAACACAUGCUACAAAGAUACCGGCUUGUGGGGUAUUUACUUUGUAUGUGAUCCAAUGUCUUGCGAAGAUAUGCUCUUCAAUGUUCAAAGCGAAUGGAUGCGUCUGUGCACAAUGGUCACCGAACAUGAUGUUGAGCGUGCAAAGAACUUGUUAAAGACAAACAUGCUCCUUCAACUCGACGGAACCACACCAAUCUGUGAAGAUAUUGGACGUCAAAUGUUGUGCUAUAACCGUAGAAUUCCUCUUCAUGAGCUCGAGAAACGUAUUGAUAAUGUUACCGCCGAUAACAUCAGAGACGUGUGCAUGAAAUACAUUUAUGAUCGUUGUCCAGCCGUCGCAGCUGUCGGUCCAGUUGAGAACUUACCAGACUACGUGCGUAUCCGAUCAAGCAUGUUCUGGCUCAGAGUUUAAAUUUGUUAAUUUUAAAACAAACAAACAAGUAAGAAUAAUAAAAAAAUUGAGCUAUACACUUAAACUAGCGAAAAAUGAGAGUAAAAUUCAAAUCAAGCAAGUUGUUAAUUCAAAGAAAAUAAAUUCUGUAUGAUGUAAGUCGAUAACAAAUUAAUAAAAAAUGAA